UGGUGUAUUUUCACAGAAAUGUAGCAUUCUUCUUCGUGCAGCUGCCCUCGAGGAUUCAAACCGACAUCCGGAGUCUUAGUCCAUUUAGAAGAGCCUAGAGUUUGAAAUGCGAUGGCAAUUUACUCGGUUCCACUGCGCGUUUGGUCCUCUGGGACUUGGUUCAGUGAGUCAUUUGUGCGGAAGUUUUCGUGCAUUCGCGCGAUGUCGCGUGCCACUUCUGCGGCGACACCUUCCCAACGUUGUCGUUAUGGACCACUCGUCGGGGCAAUUGACCAGGGAACUUCCAGCUCAAGAUUUUUGGUAUUCCGCGCUCAAACUGGAGAGCUGCUCACUUAUCAUCAGAUGGAGACAAAGCAGUUAUUCCCGAGAGAAGGUUGGGCUGAGCAAGAUCCGUUGAAUAUCCUUGAAACGGUCGAAGAGUGCAUUGAGAAGGCAGUGGAGAAACUAGAGAAGUUGUCAAUCGACCCCAGUGAUAUCAAGGCUAUCGGAGUAACGAACCAACGCGAAACAACUGUGACGUGGGAUCGCCGAACUGGUUUACCCCUGUACAAUGCCAUCGUAUGGCAUGACAUGAGGACGACGGAAACUGUGGACUGGUGUAUUGCGAGAACAUCGUCCAAAGAUAAGAAUCAUUUCCAGUCAACUUGUGGGCUUCCAAUCACUACCUACUUCAGUGCCGUGAAAAUGCGGUGGCUUAUGGAAAAUGUUCCCAACGUUUAUGAUGCUGUGCACGAAGGACACGGGCUAUUCGGAACCAUCGACUCCUGGAUUGUUUGGAACUUGACCGGUGGUCCUCGCGGUGGAAUCCACGUUACGGAUGUAACAAAUGCAUCUCGUACAAUGCUGAUGGACAUCAAGACCAUGCAAUGGGACUCUGAAAUCUGUCGUUUCUUCGAAAUCCCGAAGGAUAUUUUACCGACGAUUCGAAGCAGUUCCGAGGUUUACGGGCAGAUUGUUGAUGGGCCACUGCAUGGCACCCCAAUAUCUGGGAUCCUCGGAGAUCAACAGGCUGCAUUGGUUGGCAACCGCUGUUUCAGUGAAGGGCAAGCGAAGAACACAUACGGAACGGGUUGCUUCCUGCUUUGUAAUGUCGGCCGGAAACUGAUGAUGUCGAACCAUGGUCUAUUGACAACCGUCGCCUAUCAGCUUGGUGCCGAUGCGCCUCCCAUUUACGCCCUAGAAGGCUCCGUGGCGGUGGGCGGGGGAUUAGUGAGAUGGUUACGUGACAAUAUCGGCAUCAUCCAGAAGGACGCUGACAUUGAACUACUCGCAUCGACCGUAUCUGACGCGGGUGGAUGUUACAUUGUGCCAGCUUUUUCCGGGUUGUUCGCACCUUACUGGCGCUCUGAUGCUCGUGGCACAAUAUGCGGGCUCAGUCGAUUCACGACCAAAUCACACAUCGCGCGUGCAGCAUUAGAAGCCAUAUGUUACCAAACCAAGGACCUGUUGGAGAGCAUCAUAUUGGACACGAGUCGUUCCGUGGUCCUCACUUCUUUGAAAGUGGAUGGUGGAAUGACGGCGAACAAUCUUCUGAUGCAAUUGCAAGCUGAUCUGUUGGGGAUUCCCGUUGUUCGUCCAUCGAUGGCGGAAUCAACUUCACUUGGGGCAGCAAUGGUGGCGGGAGCAGCGAAAGGGAUCGACGUUUGGGAAAUUCACGCGGAACCGAUCAACUCCGGAACGCCGGAAGCAGUGGAUACAUUUAUGCCCUCAAUUACCGAAAACGGUGAGUUCAACAAAGUCCUUUCCAUUUUGAAUAGGAUCCAGCUAAACAUGCCGCUGCAUACGGAAUCCGAUCCUCGAGAAGAUUAUAAGUAA